GGGUAUAAAUAGGGCCGGUGAGGGCAGCUAGACGGAGUGACAGGCUUGAGUGGUGGCUGUGGAGGCGCGUGUUGCCGAGCUAGCAGUUUCUUUGGAGAAGAUCAAACUCUAAAAUGGCAGGCAAAGGAAGUAAUACUGAUUGCAUGUCAUGCAGUGUACUGAGCUGGGAGCAGGUCAGCCGUCUGCAUGAGGUUCUGACAGAGGUGGUUCCAAUCCAUGGACGGGGCAACUUCCCAACACUGAAAAUAACCCUGAAGGACAUUGUUCAGACCGUUCGCAACAGGCUGGAUGAGGCAGGCAUCCAAGUACACGAUGUCCGGCUGAAUGGCUCUGCAGCUGGUCAUGUCUUGGUCAAGGAUAAUGGACUGGGUUGCAAAGAUCUGGACCUAAUUUUUCAAGUGUCCCUGCCAACUGAGGCUGAGUUUCAGCUCGUCCGAGAUGUGGUGUUGCGGUCCCUCUUAAACUUCUUGCCAGAGGGGGUGAGCAAACUAAAAAUCAGCGCAAUGACUUUGAAGGAAGCCUACAUCCAGAAGCUAGUGAAAGUGUGCACAGAGACGGACCGAUGGAGCUUAAUAUCCCUUUCCAACAAACAUGGCAGGAAUGUAGAGCUGAAGUUUGUAGAUCGCAUACGACGACAGUUUGAGUUCAGUGUGGACUCUUUCCAAAUCAUCAUAGAUGCCUUGCUUUUUUACUAUGACUGCUCAGAAAAUCCUAUGUCAGAGCACUUCCAUCCAACUGUAAUUGGAGAGAGUAUGUAUGGAGACUUUGAGGCAGCCUUUGAUCACCUCCGAAACAGACUGAUAGCUACCAAGAAUCCUGAGGAGAUCCGAGGUGGUGGGCUCCUGAAGUACAGCAACCUCUUAGUGCGGGAUUUCCGGCCCAUGGACAAGGAGGAGAUUAAAACUCUAGAGCGCUACAUGUGCUCCAGGUUCUUCAUAGACUUCCCUGACAUCCUGGAUCAGCAGCGCAAACUAGAGACUUACCUCCAGAACCACUUCUCCAAAGAGGAGAGGAGCAAAUAUGAUUAUCUCAUGAUCCUGCGCAGGGUGGUAAAUGAGAGCACAGUGUGCCUCAUGGGACAUGAGCGAAGACAGACUCUCAACCUGAUCUCGCUGCUAGCACUCAGAGUGUUGGCGGAACAAAACAUCAUACCUAAUGCCACUAAUGUUACCUGUUAUUAUCAGCCAGCACCCUAUGUCAGUGAUGGGAACUUCAGCAACUACUAUAUUGCAAACUCUCCCAUCCCCUAUAGCCAGUCUUAUCCCACCUGGCUGCCUUGUAACUAAUUUCCAACUUGAGUGUUUCUUAAAUGGAAUCUUGUGUGGUGGGAACCAUUAAUCAGCCAGAGGUUUUCUAAAGGGAAUCUGUGGCUUACCUCUGGCUCUGCUGUUUUCCUGGUGUGUGGUGUAAUCACACCACUAGGCUCCUGGUUUAAAAAAAAAAAAAAA